AUGAUCUUUCCACGUAAUCUUUUGAAGCCUGUUUUGAAAUCGGGAUGCCGUUUUAACUCUACAUUGGUUUUGGCAGAGCAUAGUGAUAAUUGUCUUUCAAAAAUCACACUUAAUGCUAUUACUGCUGCAAAUAAACUUGGUUCAGAUAUUUCUGUUUUGGUUGCUGGGUCAGAUGUAAAAAAAGUUGCUGAAGAAGUUUCUAAAAUUAAUGGAGUUAAGAAAGUUUUAGUUGCUGAUGAUCCUAAAUUAAAAAAUUUAUUACCGGAACCAGUCGCAGAUGUUAUUGUUGCAGCUCAUAAACAAAAUAAUUAUUCAUCCAUUCUUGCUGGUGCUUCAUCUUUUUCAAGAGGAGUCAUUCCAAGAGUAGGUGGUAUUUUAGACAUAUCUCCGAUUUCAGAAAUUACCGAAGUUCAUUCUGGUGAUACAUUUACUAGACCAAUGUAUGCCGGUAAUGCCAUGGCUAAAGUUAAAAGUAAAGCAUCAGUCAAAUUGAUUACUGUACGUGGAGCUGCUUUUGAAGCUGCACCAAAUACAGGUGGGUCAGGAGUUGUUGAAGAUGCUCCUAAAGCUGAAAUUAAAGAUCAUGGUACAACUUUUGUUUCAAAAGAAAUAGUUAAAUCUGAUCGCCCUGAAUUGACAUCAGCAAAAAUAGUUGUCUCUGGUGGUCGUGGUUUUAAAUCAAAGGAAAACUUUGAACUUGUUUAUAAAUUUGCUGAUGCCCUUAAUGCCGGAGUUGGUGCAUCUCGAGCUGCUGUUGAUGCUGGUUUUUGUCCAAAUGAUCUUCAGGUUGGACAAACAGGAAAAAUAGUAAAUCCAAAUCUUUACAUUUGUUGUGGUAUCAGUGGAGCCAUCCAACAUGUUGCAGGUAUGAAAGACUCAAAAGUAAUUGUUGCUAUUAACACUGACAAAGAAGCUCCCAUUUUCCAAAUAGCAGAUUAUGGACUUGUUGCUGAUGUUUUUAAAGCAGUUCCAGAAUUUAUAGAUGAAGUAAAGAAAACAAAAUAA